AUUAAGUGCUUAUGACUAAUUAACAAUGGGUUGGUUCUCGGCCGACGAGAUCGUCGCGCCGGUCGUUAACAGUUCAAACGACCAGCAGAACCUCGCCCAAACCAUAGCAAUUUGCCUGCUAGCAGCAGUUGCAAUUAGCUAUGCGAGUGCAAAAAUACUGGCGAAACUACACCGCCAGUAUGUAGAACGUAUCGCGCAAAGGGCGAUAAACCGAAAUUUAACAAUCGGAGCCUAAACUCGUUUGGCAGUUUCCAAUUUUAUUGGCUCGCGAUUUUCAAAGUGAAUCGUCAAUAGUGAAAAAAAAAACUAAGUCUUGGUAUUUCCGGACCAAUUAAAACAGUGAAAAAAAAAUCCUUAAAAUUCAAGUGAAGAGACUCAAAAGGCGACUUUUAGUCCCGAACAGUAAGACUAUUUAAAAAAAAAAAUAAAAGUUACAAACCCGCCAAGAUUUCCAUCAAAAUUAGGUGAAAAAAAGUGAAAUUGAAUCCGUUACCGCCGGGAGAAGAAAAGACCACCAAGGAAACCUAGGAAGCAACGAAAGGCGUCAAGCGGCUGGCCAAGGAAAAGCCACAGAAUCAAGAAAGGAGAAAAAAGACGACGAUGAAGCUGAAGUAGAAUAAAAAUGGAGACAAGAUCCAGCAACAGCAGCGGCGACAACAACAACGACGGCACCGACACAGAACGGUACGGGCAGCAGCCAUAAUUCACCAGGUAUCCAUCAAACCGUCAUGCGAGCAUCUUGGCGACAAUAAGCAAUCUUUCAACAUUUUUUAUCGCCGCGGCUCUUUGACUUCGCGCUUCUCGACGGUCUGAAAUGAAAAAAAAAAUAAAUAAAAUGUAUCUAUCUAUUGUGAUUGCAAGUAUUCUCAACCUUCAUUUAAAUUGAAUUUCAACGAAAACUUAUCACUAAGAAUGUCAGAAUCACAUUAACAUCAAAGUAACUUUACUAUUAGCUAGUGCUUCUGACGACGAUGAAAUAGUUGUCUGAAAAAAUGUGUUCAUCAUUUCUUCACAAUGCCGUUUCCUCUAUUUUCAUAAAAACAUCGAAUGAAGAUUAAAAGAAUUACAUAAGACUCUCAUGAAAAACUAUUUUACACUCUAAAAAGAGGCUCAUAAGAUGCUUCUUAUGUAAAUUAUAAUAAGAAUUUAAAAAAAAAAAUUUUUUUUCUUAAUGUCAAAAGUCCAAGCUUUAAUUAUUGGAAAAGUUAUAGAAUUGCAAAAAAUAGAACAAAAUCUUAAAAAAUCAAUUAAUCACUAUAUAUCAAAGGCUACUCUAGAUAAGCAUUUGACAAAUGCAUCUCGACUGUUCGACGAAAUUGAUGCACUUCUCUUAGCAAAUCAAGAUAAAAUUCCAGACCCAGAUUUUUUUACAUACUUGAAGCAAGCCAGGAAUUCACUAGGCUACGUGAAAGAAAAUUUCAGAAUAAAAAGCAUUAAAACAAAUACGACAAUGCCUGAAGUAACAGCACCUUUUGAUUUAAAAAUGGCGACCGCCCUGGUACAACCUUAUGAUGGUUCACCAGUAGGUCUAGACGCAUUUGUGGAUUCAGUUAAUCUACUAGCAGAACUGACCAUAACUCCGGCACACAUAAUUAUUGCCGUGAAAUUUGUAAAAUUAAGACUUAAUGCAUCAAAUAAAAUUUGUUCGUUCUUGGUUGACACUGGAGCGGACAUUUCUAUUCUGAAAUUUGGAGCAAUUAAUCCUAACUGGACUUAUAACCCCGACAAUCGUUGUUCUAUUCGAGGAAUAACGACUGAGGAAAAAGUAAGUUAUGGCACAAUUAAUUGUUUAAUCGACACUGAAAACUAUGCUCUUGAAAGCAGUUUUCAUCUUGUUGGAAAUGAUUUCCCUAUACCAACUGAUGGUAUUUUGGGAAGAGAUUUCCUUGCUAGGUAUAAAUGUGAAAUUAAUUACGACUCAUGGAUGUUGACUGUAUAUUAUAACAGUGCAUGUAUCCAAUUACCUAUAUAUGACAACCUGAAUGGACCAUUUGUCAUCCCAGCCAGAUCGGAAGUCAUUCGACAACUAUCAAGUUUAAAUAUCGAUUCCGACAUAGUAGUUGAAUCGGCACAGAUUCAACCUGGUGUAUUCUAUGCCAGCACCAUUGUAAAUAAACUAUUAUAGAAGGUUUAUUCCUAGAUUUGCACAAAUUUGUUUUAAUCUUAGUAAACUUUUAAGAAAAGAUACUCCUUUCAAUUGGACUCCAGAAUGCCAAAAUUCAUUCGAAACUCUCAAGAGUGCAUUACUAGAGCCCCAAAUAUUACAAUAUCCCGACUUUUCAAAACCCUUCAUAUUAACUACAGACGCAUCAGACUUUGCCUGUGGCGCUGUAUUAUCUCAAUUACAUAACCAAGAUGAUCUGCCUGUCUCGUUCGCAAGUCGCGCGUUUACAAAAGGCGAACGAAACAAACACAUCAUUGAGAAAGAAUUAGCAGCCAUCCAUUGGGCUGUAAUGCAUUUCAAACCUUAUUUGUAUGGACGUGAAUUCAUAGUUCGAACUGAUCAUCGUCCGCUUAUAUACCUAUUUGGAAUGAAAAACCCGAGUUCAAAACUAACACGAAUGAGGCUGGACCUAGAGGAGUUCCAAUUUAAAAUAGAAUAUAUACCCGGUAAAAGUAACGUAGCUGCAGAUGCGUUAUCUAGAAUACAAAUAGAUAGUAAUGAAUUAUCAAACCUUCAAAUUUUAAGAAUGCAAACCAGGUCAAUGCAACGCAAGCCUGAGAAAGUGCAGACAAGGUCCAUGGCUAGCAAACCUUGUUUAGCCAAUUGCGAUGAAAAUAUAAAAAGAACGAAGCCUGAUCAACUUCGAAUAUAUGACGCAACAAAUAAUGCGCAAGUAACAAAUUUAAAGAAAAUUGCAUUUCAAAUCUUAUUCAAUGAAAAACUACCGGUAGUAAAUGUUACAAUCUUCGAUAAAAGAUAUAAAAAUGGUCUAACUCUAGCGUUAGGACUAGAACUCAAUUUAAAAAAUUUGAAAAAUAUUUUUCAAACUAUUAAUGAUUUUUUUCAAUCACCCAAUACUAUAGCAAUUUCAAAAAGCGUCACAAUAUUCAAUUACAUAAGCAUCAAUGACUUUAAACAAAUUGGGAACAAAACUAUUAAAACGAUUCAAAUAGUUAUUUUUGAUCCACCCAAAAUAGUAUCAGAUCCUACAGAAAUACAGAAAAUUUUGGAACAUAACCACUGUUCACCCACAGGAGGACAUAUUGGCAUAUCCCGAUUGUAUAGAAAAUUAAGAAAUUCUUAUAUUUUUCCAAACAUGAAAUACACAGUUAGCAAAUUCGUUAAAUCUUGUGAGCUGUGUAAACUUAAUAAACAUUUUUCUUCUGUAAAAGAAAAUAUGGUAAAAACAACCACACCUAUUAAACCAUUUGAUAUAGUUUCAAUAGAUACAAUUGGA